CCCGGCUAGACUGGGUGCCAAGCUCAUUCCUCCGCCGAAUCUCGAACGAGUCGCGUCUUAAGCUUUCGUGAACGAAAAGUUGAAAACACGACGAAGUGCAUUUUUUGUAUGUAAUUCAACCCUCUGGAUUGUUGGACGAUAAUUGGCCCGGGAUCGGGUAGAAUUUCAACUUGAAACAUACAAGGAACACCAUGCCCGAUUGGACAGGACAGAGAACAGGCUCUCCGGAGGAUGGCGAGAGCUCUGCUGCAAGCACUUCAGGCAGCAGCGACAGCUCCACGGAGUUAAGCGAACUGGAAAGACUUCAGAUAGAUUCCUGCUUCAGAGCACUUAACACACAAGUGUUUGUAUGCGGAUCACUGGUAAACCUUUAUUCGAGUAAGGGUAGCGACAGGAGGUGGACUCUUCAGUACACAGGAGUUCCUGUGGUGCUUCUUGACACAGGAGAGGCUAGAUCCAGGACAAAUCGAGGGAUCAGCAUCGUCUUGGCAGAGAGGGGCUCAUCCUUCAGGCUCUGGUCAGAUAAAAUUGACAAUUUGUCAGCAUACAGGUCAAACAGCCCAUCGUUCCACACCAUGUGCUUGUCGACAGACCAUACAACAUACAUCGGCCUGAGUUUCGAUUGCGAAUCGGCUGCCCGUGAGAUGUGGGAACACAUAGAGAGGCUCACCUCCUGCCCGGAGAACAUCAGCCUCUCAGUCCCAGUGGCCAGGAAGACGAAGAAGCAGCAGCCACAGAGGACGCUUCCUGCCAAGUCGCAUAUUUCCCAGCCAUGCUGCUUUCAGCACAUCACCAGCGUCGGCACAACUGACAAGGACAGAUAUGUCUCCCUGCAGACCCUCCUUCCACCUUCCAAAGUCCCCCCUAAUAAAUAGUGCCUCCUAUAAUUUUUAAAAAUUAUUUAAACAAUGUAUGUUAUAUCCUAGUCUUAUUAUUUUUUAUUAUUACUUUUCGCAAAUAAAAAUCCAUGAAUUUGUUUUCAAACUGUCACAGUUAUAUUGAUGUAGUUUACUUUUAUCUAUUUUUCACAGGAUUAUAGGGAGAAUAAAUCCCUAAUAUUAGCAUUGUUAAGGUCAUAUAGUAUUUCUUUCUUUUUUGCAUUUCUGCUUAGUUUCAAGAAAAAGUUCUGAAGUCUGAGUAUAAUUAAUAAAUUAGACGUAUAAUUAGCUUAAAUGGUAGUUCUAUUCUAUUGAAUAUAUAUUUGCUUACCUCAUGUUUUCUUUUGUCACAAUUUCACAGGCUGAUGUUUAAUUUCAUUGGCAUAAUGAAAUAUAAAAACUGGUUAGUCCUGAUAGAUUUUGUUUACUCGUUACUCUUACUCAAAUCUUUAAAAAAAAAAAAAGUCCUAAUACUAGAUCAAUUAGCCAAG